AUGCCGCGCUUCAAGACUAUCUUAGUAACGGGCGGUGCCGGAUAUAUUGGCAGUCACUGUGUCGUGGACCUCCUAGAGGCAGGAUACGAAGUGGUGGCGAUAGAUAACUUCGCUAACGCUGUUGGCGGCGAUGAAGGAUCACCAGCAUUGCAGAGGGCGGAACAGAUCACUGGCAAGACUGUUACUUUCUACAAAGCAGAUUUACUGGACAAACCACAGAUAAACGACAUUUUCGACAAGCAUCAAGUGAACUGCGUUAUACAUUUCGCUGCUCUGAAAGCCGUCGGCGAAUCGAUGCAACAACCACUUCUCUACUAUCAGAACAACCUAUUGGGAAUGCUCAAUUUAUUAGAGGUGAUGAGGUCGCACAAUUGCUAUCAAAUGGUGUUCUCGUCGUCGUGUACCGUGUACGGCGAACCAGAGAACCUUCCCAUCACUGAAACUCACCCUACCGGCAAAAUCACCAAUGUCUACGGAAGAACAAAAUACUUCAUAGAAGAGAUGCUCAAGGAUCUCAGUGCUGCAGAAAAGAAAUGGAACAUAAUAUCACUUCGUUACUUCAAUCCUGUCGGCGCGCAUCCAUCGGGUCUUAUUGGUGAAGAUCCUACAAAAGAAUUCACUAACCUCAUGCCAUUCAUGGCCCAAGUGGCUUUGGGGAAGAAACCAGUUCUGACUGUUUUUGGCAACGACUAUAAUACACCGGAUGGUACUGGUAUACGUGAUUACAUCCACGUAAUGGACUUAGCCGCCGGUCAUGUCGCAGCAUUGAAACUACUGAAUGAAAAUCACGUUGGCCUAAAGGUAUACAAUCUGGGGACUGGCCGAGGUGUUUCAGUAAAAGAAAUAGUGGAUGUUUUCGAGCGGGUUACAAACACCAAGAUACCGCUCAAGUACGUCUCCCGACGCUUGGGCGACAUCACGGCGAUGUGGGCUGACGCCACACUGGCAAAAGAAGAGCUCGGCUGGACCACAAAAUAUACUAUAGAGGAGAUGUGCACUGACUUCUGGCGAUGGCAGACCAUGAACCCCGAUGGAUAUCCUAAAAAGAACAUGAAGGCUAAAGUUGUAAUUACUAAUGGAAACAGUUAA